CAAAACUCUUCAGCACAUUCCAUUUGCACUCAGUAUAAAUAAAUAGAAGGGUAAAAACUUUGGGGAGCUUGGACCACAGCCAGCUUGCCUGGGUAACUGGAUUUUUUGUGGAGCAUGAAGGGUGUUUUUUAAAAGGAGGAAAGAAAAAGAGAACAGCUUAAGAAUCUUGGCUCAGCCUGGGAAUAUUUCCUCCUAACUCUCUGGCUAAACCUCAGCACAAACGACUGGACUGAGGAGUCUAUGUAAAGCCGAGGAGGGAGUCUGCAGCACUCUCCACAAGGACUACAACAGAGCUUGGAGAGUUUGAAACCAUGCUUUUCGUUUGCAUGCUGGCUUUUACUUUAGUCCUGCAGAAGCAAGGUCUUUUAGCUGCUGCAGACCCUGUCAGCGUGUUACCUGGAGCUUUAGGAAGAGCAGGCUGGUGUAACGAACACGAUACUAUCCACAAACGCUUGGAUAUUAUCGAAGAGAAAGUUAUAAAAGCAGUGGAGUAUCUAGAAUCGGAAGUAAAGUCACUACUCAAUAUCAUCAGUGAGACAGCAUGGAACAUCCCCAUGACUCCAGGAACCCCACUUAUAGACAUUUUUGACGAUGCCAGUUGAGCACUGGGAAGAUGGAAGAGAUCUGCAUCAAUAUGGUUGUCAUAUAUAGUUGCACUUUUGUUCAUGUAAUAAGCUUCUUUGUAUUUCCAGAAUUUGAGCUGGAAUGAACAAUCCUGAGCAGGAGUUUGCCUUCUGUGUUCCUGUGCUUUUUAAUAAAAAAUUACUUGCUUUUAAAUACCCUUUC